UCUUAUCUUUAGACUCUUUAAGGAAGUUCUCAAAACCAGUUCUUUUGGCCGGAAACGACGGCGAAUUUGUUAACGGCCGGUUGUUCUCGUUGGAAGAUUUUGUUGUUGUUGUUGUUGAGUUUUUGAUCGAAGAAUAUAUAUAUAUAUCAUGGAGAGAAAGAAAGAAGGAAGAAGAGGAUUGCCUAAACGUCGUCAACGAAGCAAUAAUCUCCGAUAUUCACCUGAAGGUGGAGAGAUGGAGAUUCAGGAAACGGUGAGGCUGAGGGAGCGAAUGAGCAAAGAAAGAGACCGAGAUUUUUCGAAUCGGAGCAAGCGUCGGCGACAAAAUAAGGUGGACGGAGAAGAAAGUACGGAGGAAAGUUCAGGUGAAGAAGAAGAAGAAGAUAACGAAGCCGAGCAGCUCAGUAUCCGUAAAAUUUCACCUUCAGCUAGAAUUUCUGGGCAAGCAGCAGCCCAUUCGAAGGCCACCGAUGAAAUGAUAAGUUUUCCAGUUCCUAGAAAAGCUCGCUCAGCUUCAGUGAAAAGGUCACAUGAGAAUUGGGUGCCUGGAAAUGGUGGCUUAGCCGAUGAACAACACCAUUUGCGAGCUUCGGUGUCGCCGGUUCGUUGGAGCGUUGAAUCUGACCGAGUUUCACCGUCUUCAUCAAAUGGUUCAGCUAGGAAGAAGAUGACGUCGCGGAAGACGAAUCGACCCAAGACUCGACUUCCAAAGGCGACCAAGCCGUCGUUCUCAGUUCAAGAAGAUAUCGAGAUUGAAAUCGCAGAGGUUCUUUUCGGAUUGAUGAAACAAACGCGUAGCUCCAAGAAGGAAGAUAGCGCUGGUAAUCCUUUGUCAAAGCUUGAAUCUGAAGAUGCAAAUGUCUCCUCCACCAAUAUUAAGCAGGAUCCAUUAAUUGGCCAUGCCUCGACGGAGAAGAAAGUGGAAGUUGUGGAUUCUCGAGCUCCACCGAAAGUCGACAAUGAGCAGAAGGCAGAAACGGAAAUUUGUUCACCGGAAAAGGGUCAAAUUUCUGAAAACGGCGCUACUAAAACUGCAUCAGUGGUGACUCCGUCACCGGAGAAUGUAACUUUGAUUAAGCGAGGAGAUUCGAAACCAUCCGUUGGAGAAACGAAACCUGUGGAUAGAGAUGUGACUAAAAAGGAAUCGGGUAAUUCGGAAGUUGAUUUCCAGAAUCCUACAGCAAUCAAACUAAUAUCCAAGGAGAAAAGAGCGGAAAGCCAGCUUGAGGAGAAGUUCAAGAUCGAUUUGAUGGCUCCUCCUACGGCAUCAUCUCCGGUGAAGGAUUGCUAUGUGGAUAUCACAUUGGAUCCUAAUUGCAAGGCUUGGGAAAUUGAGUCAAAGGCGGAGACCUUGGCUAAGGACGAAGCAAAUGCUGUGAAGAAAGAAAUGAGAGCAGAUGAUGGUAAGGACAAGAAGAUGGCUACUAUGAUCGAGAAACGAGAUUCAUUGAACCUUAAUUUGGAGAAGCCGGAUCAAGCUGCUAGUGCUUUUUGUAUAUCUGAGCAAGGUCAAAAGCAACAGCUACCUAAAGUGCUGCAAACAGCUCAAUCUAGUUCAGUGCACCUGCCGAAUGGUUUGCCACCUUUAGGGUAUAUGCCUCCCUUCCCGACAAUUGCACCCUUGGAUGCAAGUGCUAGAUCAUCGACGGCAUUGCAGCCUCUUCGUUUCUCACUUUCCCAGCCUCGGCCUAAAAGAUGCGUCAUGCAUCAUUACAUUGCUCAUAACAUACAAUUACACCAGCAGUACGCAAAAGUGAACCAUUUUUGGCCACCACCGACCAGUUUUGCUUCUCUAUCUGGGGCCAAGCCCAGCUAUCUCAAUGUGAUGCCAUCUGCGGAAACUUCGACUCCUGGAAAUCCAUUAGUGAAUCUAAGCCCUACAGAGGAGAAAAGUAAGGUUGCAGCGAGCUUUCCUGGUCUUACCAGGAAAGAUAAAACCUCUGAAUGCUCCAAGGAUACGGUGCAGAGAAAGCAGGUGGCGUUUCAAAAGGCUUCCCAACCAGUAUCUGCUGGUAACUUGAUGCAUGGUCCUGCUUUCAUCUUUCCUUUGAGUCAGUAUCAAACAAAUGCAAAUCAAUCUGGCCCGUCCAAACCUGAUACCUCUACUGUUAAAGCAUCCUCGAAUGAUACUUCAACACCUGGACUCUCGACUAGCUCGACAGUGUUACCAGGUGUAGCAGCAGGUUUGGGCUUUAAUUACCCGAAUUUGGCCGCUAACCAACCUCCGUACUUGACUAUAAGACAGAACAAUGGUUAUCCGUUUUCUAUCUCUGCUCCUGUUGGAAACCCGUCUGCAAUUAGAGGACCAACCCCCAGUCAAGUAUUGCCUUUCUAUAAUGGGUCUUUCAAUUCUUCUCAGAUGUUGCAUCCUCAACUUCAACAACAGCUAGCCCGCUCUCAGCCUCCAGUUCAACCAGCUUAUCAAAGUGCAGUCCCGUCGAGCGGUUCAUCAUCAUCCCACAAGCAACUAGAAAGUCGGCAACCGCGGGGUGGACAAGUUUGUGCCAAUAAUUUUCUGAGCUCAACAAGCAUGCAUUCACAUCAGUUGCAGGAGCAUAAGAUGCUUUCAUCCAAUCAAUCUCGUAAAAUGGAGCAUGAGAUGAGUGGUGGAGAGCAUACCACUGCAAACGCACAGAAAAAGGUUCAUGGUCAGAACCCACCAGUUCAUCAUCAGCCACUCAACUUUGCGCUAGUACCCUCUGCAUCGGUGGGUGGUGGCGGAGUAGAUCUCGUUCCCCCUCAAGCAUUUGCCAUGUCAUUCGCCUCCUUCGCCGGAAAUAACAAAGUUUCAAAUCUCAACUUCUCAUCCAUGGCUCAGAACCCCACAAGUUUUCAUAGCCUACCUGAGAUGGGUAGGCAAGGAUACCAAGUUGUCCCUGUACCACAAGCUGCACAGCAGAAGAAUCACCAAGGAUCUGAUGGGAAGAGUGGAUCUAGUCCAACCAAUACGGAUGACGGCAAGAAGGCAAGUUCAGGGAAGCCACAUAGGACAAACGGUCAGACAUAUGUUUUUGACAAUUCAGCAAAAUCCUUGAAUUUUGUAUCCUCUCCAGUCACCGGAAAUUGGCCUCCACGCUCUACGGCGACUACGGUAUCUGUAAAUCCUCCCAUUGUUCCCAACUCAUCAAAUUCGAAUCCACAGCUGCUUCAACAUCAGAAGCAGCACAUGGCGCAACAACAACAACAUCAGCAGCAGCCUGCUGCAGCAUCUCGAAGCAAAACUCAGACAACCAACACCAUGCCUGCAUCUUCCAUUGCUGCCAAGUUUUCUAGCAAUGCUGCUAUAUUCUCACAAAGUGUGCCCCAAAGCAACCCUGCAACACAAUCAACCCCGUGGAAAAACUCAGCCAGAACCCCAGCUUCCCCUGGGAACAAUGUUAUAUUCUUUCCCCAGCAACCAUUGAAGCCUCCACAAGGCCAAACACAAAUACUGUUCGGGGUGAAUACCAAGUCCGGGUUAUCGCCACAGGGAUAAGAAAUACCUACAGCAGCGGGACCUCAUCGGAUACGAUUGUCAGGUCUCUUAGAACAGCUCAACAAGAAGCAGAGUGAGAAUUCUUCUGCUGAUACACCAGUUGAAAGAAGAAACGUGCUCUGAUCUCGAUCACAUGCCCCUGCCACCUUUCGGAGUUCUGAGGUAUCGAAAGCAAACUGCAUUUAGUAUUUUAUCGCCUAGAGCAGAUGAAAUUCUCAAGGGACAAGGUGUAGGACGCAUUAAAAAGAUUUUUGAGGGGGGACAAAGGUCUUCAUGGUAACUGAAAAAGCACCAGAUUUGCUCUUGUUAUGGUUAAGUAACCAACCAAUACCCCAUAAUGUGGGUCUUCAUUGUUGGGUGUUAGACGAGGUCAUCAUUAUUUUAUUGGUUUAAUGUGAUGCUGACGUGUAAAUAGGAUAACCAUUUGCUAAGAAAACAAUAUUCUUAGUUUCAUUACUAUUUUUUGU